GUUCCCUCAAGCUCUCUCUCCUAUACACACAUCCUGCUCGCACACGGAAGCUGCUGGGAAAAUGGCUCGUGAUUUAAUUUCGCUUGCAGCCGUCUCUCUUCUUUCUGCCUUCCAGCAAUUUCAUUUUGCUUGGCUGGUGGGGAAAUCAAGAAUGAAGCACAAGGUCAUGCCGCCAGCUGUCAGUGGAGCUCCAGAAUUUGACAGAACCCUUCGUGCGCAGCAGAACUGUGUGGAGUUUUACCCAGUCUUCCUGACUGUCCUCUGGACUGCAGGAUGGUUUUUUAAUCAAGAAUUAGCUUCCUUUCUGGGUGUGUUGUAUGUGUUUGCCCGCUACAAGUACUUCCAUGGUUACGUACAGUCUGCGAAAGGAAGGUUAACAGGAUUUUAUUUGAACGCGAUAAUUCUAACCUGCUUGAUAACCCUGGGUGUGGCUGGGAUUGUUAACAGCUUUCUGGAUGAAUACCUGGACUUCAGCAUUAUGAAGAUACUACGCAAAUUGUUCUGAAGAGACUUUUUUCAAUAAAAAUAUAAAUAAAUAAUAUGGAUACUUUACCCGAACACCAAAAAGAUUAUA